AUGCCGUCGCCGACCCCCAGCCACCACCCAUACACCAGCAGCCCCUGCAGAUCACGGCAGCGUCUCCAUCAGCUGGAUCUCCGGCCAUCUAUCAGCACCUUAGCUCUCCUCCUGCAGCCACAAGCACGGCCAGCACACCCAGCCCCCUCACGCACGGCAAGAACAGUAGCAGCAGCAGCAACGUCGGAGCAGAGCAGAGGUCUUCACCGGCGAAGUAGCGCAGGCAGCAUAAAGGGAAAGAAAUACCUGGGCUUCCAACCUAGAGCAGAGGGAGACUGGGAGAGAGGAGGAGCUCGUGCACUAGCUGGCGGCGAACUGCAGAGGGAGAUCAUGUGGGAGCAGGCGGUGGGGAAGGGGAAGAAGCAGGAGAAGCUGGUGCGGUGGCUGUCGGCGAAGAGCAGAGGGAGAUCAGGUGGGAGCAAGCGGCGGGGAAGGGGAAGAAGUAGGAGGAGCUGGCGCAGUUGUUGGUGGCGGAGAGCAGAGGGAGAUCAGGUGGGAGCAAGCGGCGAGGAAGGGGGAGUUCAGGUGGGAGCAGGCGGCUGGGAAGGGGGAGGUCAGGUGGGAGCAGGCGGCGGUGAAGGGGAAGAAGCAAGAUGA